AUGCGUUCUACUUUGUCCCGGUCGCUGUUCCACGCAGCACGAUCGUGCCCGCGCCCCUGCUCGGCGCUCCAUCCCUUUACCUCUCAAUUCGCCUUCUCCACGACCGCCAGUGCCAAUGGCCCCCAUCACAUCCAGACUAGAAUCCCCCCAAUGAAGCCCGAGCACCAAAACGGACACCGCUUCAAGGAAUUCGACCUGGCGGACCGGGUAUACGCCAUCACUGGAGGAGGAAGAGGCCUCGGCCUGGCCAUGGCCGAAGCUCUCCUGGAAGCCGGCGCCAAAGUCUACUGCCUGGACCGCCUCGACACGCCGCACCCCGACUUCAUGGCGGCCAAGGAGCACGCAGAGGCGAACUACGGCGGCAGCCUGGAAUACUACAAGAUCGACGUGCGCGACGACGCCGAAGUCAACGCGACGUUCGCGGAGAUCGCGGCGCAGCACAAGCGGCUCGACGGUAUGGUCGCGGCGGCGGGCAUCAACCACCUGCAGAGCGCGCUGGAGCACUCACAGGUGGCGCUGAACGAGGUGAUGCAGAUCAACUACAACGGGGUGUUCAACUCGGCGACGGCGGCGGCGCGCCAGAUGUUCAACUACCAGCAGAAGGGCUCGAUCCUGCUGGUGGCCAGCAUGAGCGGCUUCAUCGCCAACAAGGGCAUGACCUCGCCCGUCUACAACUCGUCCAAGGCCGCCGUCAUCCAGCUGGGCCGCAGCCUGGCCAUGGAAUGGGGCCGCCACGGCAUCCGCGUCAACAGCCUGUGCCCCGGCCACAUCGUCACCCCCAUGGUCGAGCAGGUCUUCCAGCAGAACCCGGCCGCCCGCGCCGUCUGGGAGGCCGAGAACAUGCUCGGCCCGCCUCGCGUACCCGGAGGAGUUCCGCGGUGCGGCCCUCUUCGCCCUGAGCGACGCCAGCAGCUUCAUGACCGGCAGCUCGCUGCUGAUUGA